GCACUGCAGGUCAAGAAGAAAGGCGGAGAGUCUUCUGCUCCAUUUAUUGAGGAGCUGGUGGUCCGCAGAGAACUCACGGACAACUUCUGCUACUACAAUAAGAAAUACGACAGCAUUAAGGGAGCAUAUGACUGGGCUCAGAAGACACUUAAAGAUCAUGCCAAAGACAAGAGACCCUAUGUGUACACACAAGAUCAACUGGAGAAGGCGAAAACACAUGAUGACCUUUGGAACGGAGCUCAGUUCCAAAUGAUCUCUGAGGGAAAGAUGCAUGGCUUCCUGCGCAUGUACUGGGCCAAAAAGAUCUUGGAGUGGACGAGUUCACCAGAGGAGGCACUGUCUAUUGCCCUGUACCUGAACGACCGCUAUUCUCUAGACGGCCAAGACCCUAAUGGAUUUGUUGGUUGUAUGUGGUCUAUUUGUGGCAUUCAUGAUCAGGGCUGGGCCGAGAGACCUAUUUUUGGGAAGAUUCGUUACAUGAACUACAAAGGUUGCCAGCGGAAGUUUGAUGUGGCCCGCUUUGAAAAAAAGUACCGCCCUAAAGACCUGUAAGAAUGAAGGGAUUUCACUGAAGAUGGGAGUGCCUCUUAGCCUCUCAACACACUGUUCUGCAUCUUUUCUUUUCUUGUGUGAUGCUACUUGCUGUGUUCAAAGCAUUUGUUACACUGCCUUGUUUUUAUGGUUUUAUUAAGAAAUAUACUCACCCAGUGGGCUUGAAAAAUUGUACUGUAAAUGAAAGGUGCAAAAUAUUUUUAAACAUUCUAUGACUUUCAAAUCAUGGCAGGAAGACUUAAAAAUGUAAGUUGUAGUUUUGUGGCUAAUUAACAUCUAAAAGCAGGACUACAACCAUAGACUGUAUAAAGAAAAUACUGUAUAUACAGUCUAUGAUCACAACCAAAGGUAAAUCUCAACCAUUUUUCAUGGUGGGGGGGUGAAUUUUUUUUUUAUAUUGGGAUAACAUUACAUUUGUGAUUAUGCAGCUCCACUGUAAAAGCAUUUGCAUGCAGUAACUGAAUUUUUUGGCUAUUGUUUACAAAAUAGUUGUAUGCUUUAUUUUAUUUUAUAUAUAUUUGUUUAUGUAUUUGCUUCUAAAGACUUUGUUUUUAUAUCCCAUUUAUUCUUCUAAAUAUAGAUUGUUUCUAAGGGACUAUAUAUUACACAUGCUUUUGUAACAUGACACGAUGUGUAUUAAUUAAGGACCAAAGCAAAUAAUGCAAAAAAAAAACAAAACAACAACAACAUGUAUGUACGUCUUAAUUAAGUGCACCCUCAGCACAAAAGCACACUUCACUCUGUUACACAAAUGUUCCUGGCAGUUUUGAUGAGGACCCAUGAACCUCUUGACACAAGCGUGAGUUAAUCUUAUUAAUAUAAUAAUUGGAAUUCACAUUUUUCUUACAACCAGAGUAUGUCUGAAUGUUUCUUCAUUCAUUUGUUUUGUGCCUUGAGAUUAAACAGCUUCUUUUUCAGA